CACUUUAUUCAACUUCACGUUAUUUCCAUUUAUUUUACAAGCAGAAUCUUGUUAGAUAACGAAUUUAAUUACCUAAUUGACGAAAAUGUCUCAAACUGUUAACAAAUCUAAACCAGAGACGGAAAUUCAUAAAAAUGAAGACGAUACAUGUUUGGAAGAAGAUCUUCUGCAGAUAGUUGAAGAUUUAUCAAACAAUAGUGAAAAUGAAUUAAUGACAUCGUUGAUACAAUUGAAAAAAUUGAUGCAAACUUCGACAACGUCAAUGACAUCAGUUCCAAAGCCUUUGAAAUACUUAAGAAACUCUUAUGAUCUUUUGAAAAGAAUUUAUGGGAAAAUUAAAACAAAAGAAGUUAAAGUCCAAUUUGCUGAUAUUCUCAGUGUUUUAGCAUUGGCAGGUGCCACUUACAGUUCAAGGGAAUGUCUCAAUUUUUGUCUCCAAGGAACAAUGAUUGAUCCUGGUGAUUGGGGUCAUGAAUACAUUCGACGAUUGGAAUUGGAAAUUAUUGAUGAAUGGUCGAAUAUGCCAAUUGAACACGAACAUAUAAUUAAAAAACAGUUAAUGUCAUUGAUAAAGAAUAUAAUAAAAUUUGAUAUGAAGGAUAAUGCUGAAAUUCAAGCAUGUGAUCUCAGUUUAGAGAUAGAUCAAAUAGAAUUAUUAGAUAAACAUUUGGAUUCGACAAAUUAUUUAAGAGUUUGUAAUUAUCUCGCAAGUUGUGCUGCUUACAGCGAAGAAUUCGAUCGACAAAAAAUUUUGCAAUCAGUGGCAAAUAAUUAUUUAAAAUUUGGCGAUUAUUGUAAGGCAAUUUUAAUAGCCAUGCAACUUCAAGAUUAUGAUUUAGUUUCCGAGUGUUUUACAAUCUGUCCUGAUUCAUUAAUGAAAAAGCAAUUAGCAUUCUUAGUGGCCAGACAGCAGGAUAAGCCAUUGAGAAAAGAUUACAAGGGUGAAGAAGCAAAUGAUAUUGAGACAAUAAUAAGCAAUGUACAUGUGAAUGAACAUUUUCAAAUGCUAGCCCGAGAAUUAGAUAUUUUAGAACCUAAAUUACCAGAGGAAAUUUAUAAAUCUUGGUUGGAACAAACAGGAAUUUUAAAACGAAUAGAACACGAUUCAGCUAGAGCAAAUUUGGCUGCUAGUUUUGCUUCCGGUUUUGUACAUACUGGAUUUGGAGUUGAUAAAUUAAUGUCGGAUCCAGAGGAAUCUUGGGUUUACAAAAACAAGGAACAUGGGAUGCUGUCAGCGACUGCUUCAUUGGGCCUAAUUCACAUGUGGGACGUGGACGGAGGACUUGUACCAAUCGACAAGUAUCUUUAUUCAAAUGAAGAUUUUAUCAAAUCUGGAGCUCUAUUGGCAAUUGGUAUAGUGAAUUGUGGCGUUCGCAAUGAAUGUGAUCCAGCCUUGGCACUUCUCAAUGAAUACGUAAUGGAUCAAAAUCAAAAAUUAAGAAUUGGUGCUGUUUUGGGUCUUGGUAUGGCUUACGCUGGCACUCAAAGAAAUGACGUCUCACAAUUAAUGAUCAAUGUAUUAUUGGACAGACAAAGCUCCAGGGAAAUUGUGUCACUUGCUGCUAUUUCAUUGGGUCUAAUAAAUGUUGGCUCAACUAAUUCCGAAGCGUCUUCGACAAUUCUUCAAAAACUCUUGGAGUCCACACCUCAGGAAUUAUCAGAUACAUACUCCAGAUUUCUUCCACUCGCCUUGGGAUUAAUUUACAUGGGUCGUCGUGAUGCUAUUGAAACACUUUCGGCAGCUCUUGAAGUUUUACCAGAACCUUACAAAUUAGCUUCCCAAACAAUGCUUCAAGUUUGCUCAUAUGCUGGUACCGGUGACGUUUUAAUAGUUCAAGAAUUAUUGCAAAUCUGUUCGGAACCAGUGGACAGUGAUAAAAUUUCUUCAAAAUCGACAAAUAGUGUGCCACCAGAUAAUUGCUGUCAACCACCCGCUUUGCCUUCGAUUUUCAACUUUCAAGGAAAUAACAACGAUAAAAAUUCGCCAAAAAGCAAAACUUCCUCAGAAACUAAUAAAGAAGAUUCUCCCUCGUUCAUUGGUCUUUCUCAAGCUAUCGCUUCUCUUGGAGUUGGUGUCGUCGGUCUAGCCGAGGGGAAAGAGAAUUCAAGAAUAUUUGGACAGGUUGGAAGAUAUGGUCCUCCACAGGCACGAAGGGCCGUUCCACUUGCUUUGGCUCUAUCAUCAAUAUCGAAUCCCGAUCCAGCAUUAGUCGACGUAUUAAAUAAAUAUAGUCACGAUAAUGAUUCAGAAGUGUCAUUAAAUGCAAUUUUUGGACUAGGACUCAUUGGGGCUGGAACAAAUAAUGCACGAUUAGCGACAAUGUUAAGACAACUUGCUGCCUAUCAUGCAAAAAAUUCUUCACAUUUAUUUUUAGUUCGCAUAUCCCAAGGACUUAUUCAUCUUGGAAAAGGAACACUAUCACUAUGUCCUUUGAGAUUUUCUUCUAAAGUAUUGGAUUACACAGCACUGGCUGGAUUAAUGGUCGUUUUCGUUGCUUUUCUGGACUGCAAAAAUCUAAUUUUAAGCAAAUCGCAUUAUUUGUUGUAUUGUUUGGCUACUGCAAUUGAACCCCGUUGGAUUGUUACUCUCGACAAGGAUUUAAAAACUCUGCCUGUGUCAGUUCGAGUUGGUCAAGCUGUGGAUACAAUUGGUAAAGUUGGGAAUCCCAAAUGUAUUUCUGGUGGUCAUGUUCAUACUACUCCAGUAUUAAUUUCUGUCGGAGAAAGGGCCGAACUGGUAACAGAUGAUUACGAACCCCUCUCAAGUGUUAUGGAAGGUUUUGUUAUUUUACGCGAGAAAAUCAACAAAUCUUAAAAAAAAACAAAAAUUAACUAAAUAUUUCUAGUUUAUAAAUCAAUUUAUCUCGAGAAAGUUCCUUAAAAUACAAAACAAUUUUCUAGAUUAAGUUUCAAACUUAAUUAAUAAUUAAAUUAAUUAAUGGAUUUACAAGUAAAUUAUAAUUUAACGCGUCGAAAUAAUUCAACGAAUCUAUAUAAUUUAUAUAUAUAUAUAAAUAAAUUACAGACAAUGUUAAAUUGA